AUGGAUGAUGAUAGAUUUUCUCCACUAAUUAUGGCAUCACGACAUGGUCAUCUUGAAGUUGUUAAAUAUCUUAUUUCUGUUGGUGCUGAUAUGGAAGCACAGAAUCUUGAUGGAUAUUCUCCACUAAUUAUAGCAUCACGAUAUGGUCAUCUUGAAGUUGUUAAAUAUCUUAUUUCUGCUGGUGCAGAUAAAGAAGCAAAGGAUAUUUAUGGAGCUACUCCGCUCAUUAAAGCAUCAAAAAACGGUCAUCUUGAAGUUGUUAAAUAUCUUAUUUCUGUUAGUGCAGAUAAAGAAGCAAAGGAUGUUGGUGGAAAUACUCCACUCUUCUAUGCAUCAUAUUAUGGUCAACUUGAAGUUGUUAAAUAUCUUAUUUCUGUUGGUGCUGAUAUAGAAGCAAAGGAUGAAAAUGGAAAUACUGCAUUCAUAUUAGCAUCAGAAUCUGGUCAUCUUGAAGUUGUUAAAUAUUUAAUCUCUGUUGGAGUUGAUGAAAAAGCAAAGAAUAAUGACGGCGAUUCUGCACUCUCCCUUGCAAGUGAUGAUGUUCGUGAUUAUUUGAUAUCUAUUGGAGCAUAA